AUGCCUAGUCUAGUGGUAUCUGGAAUAAUGGAAAGAAAUGGGGGAUUUGGGGAACUGGGAUGUUUCGGAGGGAGCGCGAAGGACCGGGGUCUCCUGGAAGACGAGCGGGCCCUCCAGCUCGCCCUGGAUCAACUCUGCCUCCUUGGUUUGGGGGAGCCCCCCGCCCCCACGGCGGGCGAGGGGGGAGGUGGGGGGGGCAACGCCCCCGCCCCGUCAACCGCCCCCCCUCAGCCUGCCCCGCCGCCGCCACCCCCGGCGCCCCCGGCAGCCCAGCCGGCGGCCCCCCCGGCCCAGCCGCCCCAGCCACCAGCGGCCCCUAAAGGGGCAGGCGAUGCCAAGCUCUGCGCCCUGUACACAGAGGCCGAGCUGCGGCUCAAGAGUAGCAGCAACACCACGGAGUGUGUCCCCGUGCCCACAUCGGAACACGUGGCGGAGAUCGUGGGCAGACAAGGCUGCAAGAUCAAGGCCCUACGAGCCAAGACCAACACCUACAUCAAGACACCUGUAAGAGGUGAGGAACCAGUCUUCAUAACAGGACGCCGGGAGGAUGUGGCCACUGCACGACGGGAGAUCAUUUCAGCAGCCGAGCACUUCUCCAUGAUCCCCUCUCGAAACAAGUCAGGGGCUGCCUUUGGAGUAGCCCCAGCUCUCCCAGGGCAGGUCACAAUUCGGGUUCGAGUACCAUACCGUGUGGUGGGCUUAGUGGUGGGGCCCAAGGGGGCCACCAUCAAGCGGAUCCAGCAGCAGACUAACACCUACAUCAUCACACCCAGCCGGGACCGAGAUCCCGUCUUUGAAAUCACGGGUGCACCGGGCAAUGUGGAACGAGCACGAGAGGAGAUUGAGACCCAUAUUGCUGUUCGCACUGGCAAGAUUCUGGAGUACAACAAUGAGAAUGACUUUUUGUCAGGUAGCCCCGACCCUGCUCUGGAGAGCCGCUAUUCCGAGGCCUGGCGAGUCCAUCCGCCAGGGUGCAAGCCCCUCUCCACCUUCCGACAGAACAGCCUUGGUUGUAUUGGAGAAUGUGGUGUCGAGUCAGGAUUCGAGGCACCUCGGCUUGGAGAGCAAGGGGGUGACUUUAGCUACGGUGGCUACCUGUUCCCUGGCUAUGGAGUGGGCAAGCAGGAUGUAUACUACAGUGUGGCUGACACUAGUCCUCCACUCUGGGCUGGCCAGGAGAAUGCCACCCCCACCUCCGCUUUUUCUUCUGCCUCUUCAUCUUCAUCCUCUUCGGCCAAGGCCCGGGCUGGUCCCCCGGGGUCACACCGCUCACCAGCCCCAGCAUCAGCAUCGUCAGCCGUCCCAGAGCUGGCUGGGCUUCCAAGGCGACCGCCGGGGGAACCCCUCCAGGGCUUCUCCAAACUUGGGGGUGGUGGGCUGAGGAGCCCAGCUGGAGCAGGGGGAGGGCGGGACUGUAUGGUGUGCUUCGAGAGUGAGGUCACAGCAGCCCUGGUCCCUUGUGGACACAACCUCUUCUGCAUGGAGUGUGCUGUACGAAUCUGCGAGAGAACCGAUCCCGAGUGUCCUGUUUGUCACAUCACAGCCACACAAGCCAUCCGAAUAUUCUCCUAAAUACUCCUCCCCAGUUUUGGCUUCCCUCCCUGCUUUGGACUGAGUUUUCCACCAGGGUCCUUUGAAAUUGGCAAUCGUGUGGGGGACAGGGUGUUUAAGGAUCCCUGCUUUGGGAUUCGGGAGGAGGAAGUCCUAUGGGAGCAGGGUAGGGUGUGGGUCUUUAUGCCCUCCCAGUGGCUCCAUCUUGGGGAGAUGAGGGAGGGCAGACUGGGAAUGAACGACAUUCCCUUUGAGAGUUACAACUCUGAUACCUCAAUAGACCCUCAAAUCUGGAAGCAGCUAAGAGAACCUUUUAUAUUUUGCAGGGGGCAAGAGUUUUGCCCCAUCUCAUCAUCCAAUCCCUCCCUUUCACUAAGCCACCCUUUCCCUUUCCUCAGUGAUUGUUGGGAAGACAGGGAAUGAGAAGUAAAGGUACCAUCUGAAUCUGGAAGGGCUACUAAACCCCUAGAACCCAGAAUGCUUUAAUUCCCCUAACCCAUAAUUCCCAACCUCCAACCUCUGACCUCUUAAUCUACCCUAACCCUUGUUACCUUUUCCUACUCCUAGCCCCCAAAAGACACACAUAUAUUUAGAAAAUCUCAACUCCUGGGCUUUCCCUACCAUCCUGCUUUGGAUGAACUUUGUUUUGGGUAGGAUAGAAGGGAAAACUCUCAUGGGGAGUUCCAUCUCUCCCCUCUUCUUCUUCUCUCCACUACAGUAUUUUUAGAGAAUUGUUGGGGAGAGAUGAAUGAGGGGUUAGGGUUUGGGAAUUAAACUAUCCCCUACAGUAAGCACUGAGUUAGAGGAACAAGUGGGGAUGUUCUCUGCCUCCCUUAGCUCUUACUUUCAUACACUUGUCCUUUUCUAUCUAGUCUCUAUACCUCCACUAUUUCUUCCUCACUCUCCCUCACUCUUCAUUUCUGCUCUACUUCUUUAUGCCCCAUCUAGCCUUGUCACUCUCUCCUCUCUGUCUCACUUUCUCUCCUGUCUCUUUCACCCCCUUUCCUUCUAUUCCCUAUCAUGUCUCCUCCUCUCCCCUUUCCUUCCUGUUCCUCUAGUUAAGUUCAGCUUUUGGGAAGCCAUGUUCCUCUGGAGGGAGUUGGGGGGGAGAAGGGGUAUGCCUCAAUGGCCCUUUCACAUUUACUAGAUCUCACCAACCUCUUUCCAUUCCCAACCUCACCUCCACCCCUGCCACCACACAUAGCCUCCACCUUCCUCCCUGCCUACAAAGGAGACACUCUGAAUGCCCAAGAGAAACUAACCCUGCUCUCUUCAGCAUCACCAGGCAUCUGAGGGGCAGUAGGAGGAGAUACCUCCACUCCUUGACCAUCUGUUGGCAUUAAAUUUGUGUAUCUGUUGUGGGGGGUGUUCAUCUGAGGGGAAUGAUUGGUUGGCAGUGGCCUGGAUUGGGGAAGGAAUGAAAGCUGAUGCCCCUAUAGCUUGGGAUCCUAAUUGUUCUGUGGCCUGGUAGGGGCAGGAACUGUGUGAAAGGAGAAGAGCAAUAGCCCUACCCAUUUGUGGGGGUAUGUUCCCCUGCCAUUGUUCUAUCUCCAUUCAUUGUGCUGAGCUCAAAGCCCCCAGUCCCUCCAGUUUGGGCAUGGGAAGGUGACUUGAAGAGAGGACUAUGUAGGAUUGGUUGGGGAGGGGGCCUCUCUCUGGGAGCUGUUCUGAGGGUUAUCUUGUUGGGAGAGAGGAUCUGAUACAUCGCCUUUUCCCCUCCCAAAAUGCCUACAUCAGGGCUGCUGUUGACCUCUUGACACUCCCCUGGUUCUGCUGGCCAGGCUGGGGAAGGGGCAGGAGAGUGAGAGUCCUAGGUGAAUCCAGGGACCCUUGUAGAUAAUGGGUUGGGACUAUUGAGUGAUCUCUAAGCACUUAGAAUGUGAAUCCCAUUCUUCCUGCUUUGUAAGGAGGUGGAGAGAUAGGGAGGCAGGGAGAAACUCCUUUCUCCCCUUCCCCCUAUCAUGAAUUAACUAAUCCUCCUCUUCUCCCCUUUCCUUCCCCAACUCAGGGAAGGGAAUGGAAUAAGAUAUAUAUAUAUAAAAAAAAAUCCAUACUGUGAUAACUUCCAUCCUUCUCAUUGUCAUGAGCCAUCCCAAGAUGCGUCUGUACAAUAGCAAC